CUCAUGAAACUAUCCCUGUGCACUUGUUCUGAUGAUGCCAGCUAGAGAGUAUAGAAUUAGAAAUAUACAUGGGAACAUGAGGUAGAAGAUUUGGUACAUUGGAUACAUUGUAGGCAAGAGAUGCAAUUCAAGACAGAUGCAUGGAUAAGAUCCGGCUAAGGAGAAUUCUGUCACUAUCUUGCUCUUCUUUGAAGCCCUCUGCUACAGGAGGCUUUGCAAAAAUGAAGAUGGUCUCAGCACUGCUUCUGUUGAGCACCCUCCUGGGCACCCCCGCAGUGCCUUCCCAGCGUCCUUCUUGUUACAAGAGAUCCUUCAAAGACUACAACUGUCACAGCAUCCCUGAAGGCGUGGAGAACCUUCGACAAAUUGAUGACAGCCUGCACGAUCAUUUUUGGGAAGGGAAAGGCUGCGAGGUGAUCUGUUACUGCAACGUGAAUGAAUUGCUCUGCUGCCCCAAGGAUAUUUUCUUUGGACCAAAGAUAUCUUUUGUGAUACCCUGCAACAAGUGGUGAUGGAUACCAAGUCUGCUGCUGAAGACAAGAGACAUCAUUCUAUAAUGCUGUAAUAAUAAUGCUUUGAAGUAGAAAAGAAAAAACAACCAGUAUCAAUGAAAAAACCUUCCUUUCUAACCAUGAGGCAGUGCCUCUUUUCAUGCUGUAGAAAAAAAUCCUUUCUGCAUCUUUUGGGAAUUUCAAAUACCUAAGAAGUUCUUUCAAAUUUGGUGGCUGCCUUAAUUUCCAUAAUGGUGUACAAGCUCUUAAUGCAUCUUGCUAUGUACCACCCCAGCAAAAAGCCUAACUGAUGUUACCCACCACAAUAUUCUCAACUAGUUUUGAUGCAGAGACUUCAAGCUUAAGUGGUUAAGAAUGUGAUUCUCAUAGCAACCUACUGCAGAUACCGCUUGUUAUUGCUUUAUUUCCACUACACUGUUAAUGUUAAGUUGAGGCUGCUCAGCACCUGCACUUCUACAGACAGGCUCACAUAUACUAUUUAGGCAUUUUAAACAAGAAAGCAUGCACAUAUAAAAUGUAAACUUCCAUCACUCAUCUCUGAAAAUUCCACUGGGAGGGGGGAAAAAAAAGAAGUCAAAACUCACAUAGUGGUACUAAAGCACAUUUAGGUUUUAAUUAUGUUUCACUGGUUACCUGCAUUAAUUAUGCAAUUUAUAAAACCUUGGCAAGGCUAAUCUUACCAUUGACCUUCUAAAAUACUAGAACAACUACGAGAGAGUAUUUAUAUUCAAAGAGAUGUCUGGAAAGGAUGGAACUGGUGUGAGGUUUGUUCAGGCAACAUAUAAAUCCACACUUCGCAGCUUUUUUAAUCAAGUCUUGUUUGAAAUACAGUACCUCAGGAUUAAGAAUUAAAGUGCUGGCAUUUUAUUUUUAGGUUAGCCUUGUAUGGAAAUAAGUAGGGAAGCAAAGACAAAGAAGCAUCUUACAAUAUUAGAAGUAAUCAUCUUAAGUGUUUAAGAGGUAUUAUGGUCUAGGCCGCAUAUAUACAGACAUCUCUCAACACCAGCAAGUGUUGACUACAGUGCAAGACAAAACACAGCCAAACCUUACAAAGGAACAUAAACUUUAAGGAAAGCCACCUGAAUGAGGCAGUGAGCCUGGCUGACUGUCUUACAUAUAAACUCUUCAGCUAUCAAGUCAGUCACAUGGAAAGUGUAUAGUACUGAAGUAACUACUUAAGUCUUUUUCACUCAAAAAGUGUACUGCUCACCUAAUAAUCUUGCACCAUUACACCACUAGUUUAGCAGGCUUACUUUGCAUGCAGUAUAUAAUAUCACAAUGUCUUUUCUUCCUCUGUUUGUAAAGAAGGGUUGGGUAGUGGAAGUGUUUGUGAUUAUACACAUCUAAUAAUAAAAAUUUCAAGUAAG